AUGAAUUCAUUACAUAUAUUAUAUAAGAACGAUAAGACAGUUGUACAAUUUACACCAAAUACAUUUUUAUCUGAAAUUUUAAAGAAAGGAUGUACACAAUUUAAAUUAGCUGAUGUAUCACUUUAUGCAUUAACACAUAAUCAAAAACCAGUGAAUCUUUCAUUACCAUUUAGAUUAUCAGGUAUACCAAAUUCUAGUAGAGUAACUAUUGUAGAUAAUAACGCUGCAAGAGGUGUUUUAGAGCUUCGUAUAGCAAUUCAGCUUCAAGAUGGUACUAGACUUCAAUCUAAAUUCAAAACAACUGCAACUCUAUGGGAUAUCCUAUUGCAAUUCGAACAACAAAAUCAAUCGUUGAAUUUAUUAAAGAAGAUCGACCCUGAUACCUCAAACUAUUUCUUGCCUACAAUGAUCAUUUUGAAUAAAGAGUAUGAUAGGAUUGAAGAACUUCAGAAAUCAACUUUACAAAAAUUGAUGAUCACAGAGUCUAUUGUUAUCAACUUCAAACAUAAAUUGUCCGAUCAAUCAUAUGAUAGUUUAAAGGAUCUAGUUGAAGGUUAUCAACCACCAGUUGUCACAUCACCAGCUAUUGUCUCACCACCAGCUAUUGUCUCGCCACCAACUAAAACAACAACAGUAACAACAACUACAGCCACUGUAGUGUCACCUCCUACCACAACUGUAGUUGAAUCUUCACCACCAACAGCACAGGUACCAACAUCGAAAGUUGUAUCGCCAACACAAGAAGCUUCCAAAACAGUACAGACCACAUCUCCAUCGACCACCACCACCACCAGCACAGCAACUACCUCGACUGUAAUCACUCCAACAACACACAGCACUACUACCAGCACCACCACUACCGAUGAUACACCGAAACCAGAAACAGAGGGAUCGACAAAAUCAGAGGAUCAACCUAUGACUGAUAACAACCAAACCAGUUUCUUUGAAAAAGCAACUGCACUACUGCAACAGUUUUCAAGUUCAACAUACGAAGAAUAUAUGGAGAAAAAACAACCACAAAAGAAAAAGAAACCUGAAGUUGAACCACAAGCACCAAGCGAAAGAAAACUUACUGUAUAUAUUCCACUUGAAGAAGAAUUAGACCCAUCAACUAUUGUAUUUGAUGAGACAUUUACUUCUGAAGACUUUAAAAGAUUAACAGAGGCAAACAAGAGAAUAAAAAAAGAAAAAGAACAAUAUGAAUCAAUUUUAAGAACAAAGGAAAUGAGAGAAACCUAUUAUGAUCAGAAAACAAAGAAAUACGUUGAUACUUCUAUUAGAUUGAUAUUCCAUGACAGAAGAAUGUUGGAGAUGAAAUUCUUGACCAAAGAAAGAAUACAAAGACUUCAUGAUUACCUAGUCACCUUAUUGGAUGAGCCUAUCGCUAAUUUUUAUUUGUAUGUUUCUCCACCAAAACAAGAAUUGGAUUUAUCAAAGACAUUCAAGUCUUCUGAAUUAUUCCCAGCAGCAAAUAUUUAUGUUGGUUUAAAAAGUAAUGAUCCAAUUAAAUUUAAACCGGAAGUUGAGCAGCUAUUUACUACUGCCUAUGAAGCAGCCAAUAGAGAGCUUCCUAAAAAGAAAUCUCCAGUGUUACCAAAAAAGACUGAGGAACCAACACCUACAACCACCACAACCACAACUACCAAUGAACAAACAACAACAACUGAUACCACAAUGACAGAUACCAAAGAAAACGAAACAACCGAACUACCAAUGGAAGAAGAUGAUGAUUUGGAAAAGAAGUCAAGCAAACCACAAAACACCAAGACCGUUCCAAAAUGGUUCCAAAAAGGAAAAAAUAUAUAA